UAAAGUGAAGUUUGUUGUGGGAUGGUGGAUCAGUGUAGCUGUUAAAUGUCUAUUCUCGGCCGGCAGCGAUUUACUCCGAGUUUGCUUUUCAUUUGUUUGUGGUUCGGGGUGAGAAAGGGCAGAACUCACAGUGGGUGAAAGUUCUUUUAUAGAAAAGAGAUCUGAAAUCUCCAAACAAACACUCAACCAGCGAUGAGUCAGUUUUAACAAGCCUGGAGGUCAAAAUGAAGUAGACUGUGUGUGAGGCUGGGGAGUUGUUUUUGUCGAGUGAAAGGAGCUGUAAAUUUGCUUUUUUUGGGGGGAGGGAGGUGGGAGCGAAAUGAAGUUCCUUAUAAGUUUCUUGCUGCUGGCGGAGUUCGGGCUGUGCCGAAGCGAAAACUUUUUGCUGCCUCUGAAGAUUUCCACUUUCAACGGCUCGGGAAAGGAGCUUAUCGACAAACGGAGUUCACUGCUGGGGGGGAUCUCCCUGGCCUCUCAGCCUGCCGGUACUGUUAGCUUCUACAGCAUGCUCAACAACCUGAAAGGAGAUGUCGGCAGAGGGUACUACCUGGAAGUGUUCAUCGGGACGCCUGUACAAAAGAUGAAUGUACUGGUCGAUACAGGGAGCAGUAACUUUGCAGUGGCUGGUGCAGCAAACAGCAAUAUAAAGACCUAUUUUAAACCAAAAUUUUCGAGCACCUAUAAGUCCAGUGACCAGUUUGUGUUAGUCAGAUAUACGCAGGGAAGUUGGGAAGGUGAACUCGGCACUGAUGUUGUCGCAAUUCCAAAAGGACCUAAUGGCACUGUCGCUAUCAAUAUUGCCACUAUUCUCCAAUCGGAGGACUUCUUCCUGCCUGGGAUAAACUGGCAAGGCAUUCUGGGGCUGGCCUACAGUAUGUUAGCCAAACCGUCCAGUUCCGUGGAGCCAUUCUUUGACUCAUUAGUGAAACAGCUCAAGAUCCCAAAUGUAUUCUCACUGCAGAUGUGCGGUGCUGGAUUGUCACUAAUAGGUGAAGAGCAAGCCAGUCCCGCAGGAGGGAGCCUGGUGAUGGGUGGAAUUGAAUCGAGUCUGUACAAGGGUGAUAUAUGGUAUACCCCGAUCAAAAGAGAAUGGUAUUACCAAAUUGAGGUUCUUAAAUUGGAAGUGGGGGAACAGAACUUAAACCUGGACUGUACAGAGUACAACUCUGACAAGGCCAUUGUAGACAGUGGUACCACUCUCCUGCGCCUACCAAUCAAUGUGUUUGAUGCAGUUGUAGCAGCCAUCAAACAAACCUCAAAGGUUGCAGAAUUUGCCGAUGGGUUUUGGUCAGGCAGCCAGCUGGCCUGUUGGAUGCAAGGGACCACACCUUGGUCCUAUUUUCCCGAAAUCUCAAUCUACCUCAGAGGAGAGAAUUCAACCCAGUCUUUCCGAAUCACCAUCUUGCCACAGUUGUACAUCCAACCAAUGGCUGAUAUUGGAGUCCAGAUGGAAUGCUAUAGAUUUGGAAUCUCCUCCUCGACUAAUGGAUUAGUCUUGGGUGCCACUGUGAUGGAAGGCUUCUAUGUUGUAUUUGACCGAGAACAGAAACGAGUUGGGUUUUCUAUCAGCUCAUGUGCAGUCAUUGAUGGUUCUCCAGUCUCUGAGAUCGCUGGUCCAUUCUCAGCGGCAGAUAUUUCAAGCAACUGUAUCAGCAGAAGGCCAAGGACUCAGCCUGCACUCUGGAUCAUCUCCUACGCACUGAUUACACUCUGCGGCAUUACCCUCCUCGUUUCAGUCAUCUUGCUGAUUUUUCCUUGCAGCCAUCGAAAUGACAAUGGUCUCACUGAUGAUUCAUCAUUAAUUAGGAACCGUUGGAAAUAAAACCAUGCAUGUCACGCGUGGAAUGAUUAUCGGGCUGUUUGCACUAUUUGAUGGUACCCGUGUAGCCUGGUGCCUUUUGGAGCAAGUUUGGUGUAUUUAAAAAGUAAAUAAUGGUGACUAAUGUUGUGGCAGUUGGGAACUGAACAUUCAACUCAUGUUACACAGAAUGUGCAUCCUACUUAAUUGCCCCCCAAUCCUGAUAUGCAGCAGAGUAUACUGUACACUAAUAUCUAUUAGUUAUCCAAUCAUUCUGUAAACUUCAAAAGUAUAAUUAGAAAUUAUUUGAAACCAGGCAAUUUGUGUAGAUUGAAUACUCAGAUGAUUGGAAGGUUUCCCAUCCACUGAAAUUAUGAAUGGGCCUUGACUUUGAGUAUAUUUUCAAACAGUGAUGUGGACAGAGUUUUUAUAAUACCACAAAGAGAACAAGAUCUAAACAAAAAGACCUCUCUGAAUUUCUCUGCACUAGCAUCUCUCAACCAAAGACUCAUUUAAGUCAGUCAGGAAGCUAGAAGAUGUCGAUAAGUGUACAGCCAUCUCUCAUGGUUACAUUUUGGGGUCGCAGGACAAUUCAAUAGAAUAUUUUCUUUUUGCUUUCUUUAUUUGGUGAUUAUUGUUACGCUUACUGUUGAUUGAUGUGUUAAACCAUUAUUUUGAAACAUUGCACUCUUAUAAACUACGCCACAAAUUACAGUUUUCAGGUUUCUUUGAUUACCAGUUCUAGUGGGUGGGAUUGUCAGGAAUAUUCCUGGAAAUGCCCUGUGCUUUGCAUUGCUGUUGUAUUUUGCCAGUUUCAGCUUACGCAUCACUCUUAUGCAACAAUCCAGUGCUUCUGCUGGCAUUGGGUCGUCUGGGUAACUUGCGUCCUGCUGCCAUUUGUAGCAAGCAAGUGAAGUUGCAGCCUCAUAUGUUGCAACAACUGCACCUGUUCCUCUAGAUAAGAACACCCAUGUCUAUUUUCCUCACCAUUUUCUAUGAGAUCGCCCUACCUCUGCUUUUGACUUGCCAAACUCUGCACGGUUGAUUACGGUUGAGGCUAAAGGAUCUAUUAUCUGGUUUGCACAAACAGCCUGGGCCUCCUGAUACUGCUGAUGUACGACGUCUCAUCGUUAAGUAGCAAGAACUGGUGGCACCUAUCGUCUUCCAGGCAUACCCACAGUGGAAGGUGUCUGUCAUAACUCCUCAUUUUAGGUUGCAGAAUGACCGAGACGUGACUUUCUUUGUACUUCAGAGUUUGGGUGAGGGUGACAUUUCCUUGUGAUAAUAUUGGACACAAUUCCAUACCACUGCUUAGUUACUUGUGAUUUUUACCCUUCCCCAACCCCUACCAGUGAGCUCCCUAUUGAUUCUAUCCAACUGUCUAUGAUCACAUCAGAACAGGGGCUGCUUAUCUCACACAAGGCGGUGAAUUUUAUUUGCUGUGGAGGAGAACAGGGACCAUUUGUGGGCUAGCUGUGCUUGUCUGGCAUUGAAGAUUCUGUCAUCAGCCUCACUGCAUCCUCCCCACCUACCCCACAAGAGGAAGUGAUGGUAAAAUUGACAGUACGUUUGUGAGAUGAAUAUUAAGUGAAGUACUUCUCUUUGUUAUAUGAACACACUGACACUAUCAGUCCUUUCACCUGAGAAUCUUUGAAAGGAAAGUUGCAGAAUGAUGUAAACUUCCCAUAUUGAACAAAGAUUAACCCAAGCUAUGAUCAAGUACAACUGGAUCCUAUUCUUCCCUCGGGUGGACACGCACCACUCGGAUAUACUUGUUUGCCAGAUAGUGACCCUGUCGGCCACUUUAAUUGAGAUUUUUGCAACUCAUUUCAUGUAGGGUGCUAACAAAUGAUGCUUCCAUCCUAACAGCUUUGGCUGGGUCUUCAGUUCUCAUUUACUGAAAAUUAAAACACUCAAACCAAGCAUAAAAUCAAGUGUGUAUUUUAGUUUUGAAAAAGUCCUGAGCAGGAAUUCCCACUGCACUCCAUCACCUUCCAAAAGAAUUGACAUGUUUGUGAAAUGUGAAAUAACAUUUGAAGAGAUUGACACCAUAAAAAGCUUUUUGAUGCGUAAAAGAGGUUUUUGCUUUUUAAUGUGCGACAUAAUGUGAUAACAUCAAACUUAAUGAUGAAGCAUCUUGUCAACCAAGGCAUCCACCUCUGAGAUUUUCCAAAGAUUAUUAUUAUAUCUUAUGUAUCUUUUAAUUUUCUGUCUGCUACAGCACAAGUGUCUUGGGAUUUUCUGAAAAGCAAGCCAGUCACUUUAACAGAAUAGUAAUUAAGUUAUGAAUAAAACCCUUGGGGUUUGUAAAUCUUAAAUAAUAAAAUAUGCAUUCAAAGGAAAGCAAAAUCUAUAA